UCCUGACAGGAUGACUUGACUUCUUUCUGAAGCUGCAGCGCGUCUGUCACUCUCCACAAGCCUAAAUCAGGCACUUGCUCAUCAGUCCUCUCUCACUAGCUGCCGUCUCCCUAUCAGCCAAUGGCGGCGCUGCUCCGCUAGCGAUUCGCGCGUCACUGACGGCAGUUGUGCAGGUGUAGCGGGUGUUAGGGGCGAGUUAGCUGACACUUUGCUCAUUCACCCUACAGGGUGGGACCUGCACGACCACAAAGAUACUACACAGGGAGGGCUAGCCUGCUGACUGUCAGGAACUGUCAUUUGUCCGAGACGUUAACAUCCGAGCUACCAGGUGUCCCCUUUCCCUGUGAAAGGGCAAGAGAACGUGUCUGUGGAGGAACUGUCAGCAGCAGUGGAAUAUUUCUCAUAACCUCGACUCCUCGAGACACCAUGGGAAUGUCAGCAGGAUGGGAGCGCUGGCUGUCAGUGCUGGGCACGGUGUACUUGCUAAUAAAUUUUACUUGGGCACUUCUGGAAGUCCAUGUUGAGCAGACAACUAUAAUUGCUGUGCAAGGAAAAACCAUUGUUAUACCAGUUUGGUAUUCAAGUAGUUCUAAUCAGAAUCCAUAUAUCACAUGGCAUUUUGUGAGGGCACCCUUAAAGGAGAUUCAGAUAUUAAAAUAUUUGCAAGUCACCAGUAUUGAUGACACACAGUUCAAGAAUCGUGUAAGAUUUGCUGAACCCAUGCCUUCAAAGAAUAUCUCCAUUAUAAUUAAUAACACGCAGGAAAUAGAUUCUGGUAUCUAUAAAUGUUUAGUCAAUGUGCCUGAUGACACCAGCAUUGGAGGGGGAAACAGUGGAGCAAUAAAUGUCACUGUUAUAGUUCCUCCAUCCAUUCCCAAAUGCCAAAUACAAGGAACACCUUAUGCUGGGUCUAAUGUUACACUAACCUGCAAGUCUUCAGCUGGAAAGCCAGAACCAGGCUACUCAUGGAUUCGAUCAGCACCAACCAGACAGAUAUUUUUUCCUCCCAUUCAGAAUGCUGCAAAAGGAACUCUAAGCCUAAUGAAUCUUACACGUGACUCAUCAGGGACCUAUGUCUGCACAUCUAAAAAUAUAGCCGGGAGUUCAUCAUGCAACUUAACUCUGGAAGUGGCAUCAUAUUCCAGAACAGCUAUGAUUGUUGGAGCUGUUGUAGGAUCCAUUGUUGGAAUCUGCCUUGUAAUAGCAUUAUUGGGCGCGUUACUCUAUUUUUUCAGAAGAAAGAUAAAAGAGUCACAAGAUGAAAUAGAAAAUGAAAUCAAAGAAGAUGCUCAGGCUCCAAAAUCACUUUCUUGGGCAAAAGGCAAUGAAUCUGACAUCAUUUUCAAAAAUGCAACAUUGUCUUCAGUGAACACACAGCGAGAUCACAAACUAUAUCCAUCAAAAUCCCCUUCUGAAACAGCUUCUGUAAUCACUGUGGCAGGAAGCAACAUUGGCCAUAAGCAGAUUUACCCAAAUGAAAGAGGUGGAGUGAAAACCCCAACUCCAACACCCAGUUUAUCAAGCCAGUCUUUACCAACGUACAUACCUCCACAAAAUGGCAACUAUUUUCACCAUCCCAUCCCAACAAACCUAAACACUCUCCAAAAAACAAACGGAGUAGAACAAUCCGUUCCAAGGAGAGAAACGAAUUUGCCAUCUGGGGUCACACCUUCAAACCUUGUGAGAAUGGGAGCAGUACCAGUUAUGGUACCGGCACAAAGCCAAUCGGGGUCACUUGUGUGACCAAAGCCUGAGCACUUCUGCGUUUUUUAUGAUAAAUUUGAUCAAAUGUUUACAGGUUUUAUUACUCAUCAGGCUAUAUUCAGGAAAUAUAUAAAAGGGAUUGUUCAUGCUAGCAACAUCCCAAUCAACCUAAGAGUAUAACCUGUGGCGUUUGCAUGGCUGCUUCUUAGGAAGAACUGUACCAGAUUUUCUAGGAACAAACUGGAGUCCAUGCUUUUUAUGUCUUUCUGUUUUUAUAUAUUUAUACUAUUUUUGCACACUAUCUUCUUUACAUUUGCAACAGGAAUAUUUUUCUACAAAACCCAAAGGAGUUAAAUGAGCUUUUGUCUAUUAAGCAUUUUUAUAUUACAGUACAGUUUUUGCACCUAUUUAUUGAGGGUUUUUUUUUACUAUGAAAUGUGGUGCAAGCGAAUGUUACAGUUUAUAAAUGAAUUGCACAUUAAAGGUCUGGCUCCCAUAAGUUUUAAAUGGUGGUAUGGCACAUACAUAAUGAUGAUGAUGGUGAUUGCUAGUUACUACUGAGAAAACAUGUAACCCCUAUUUAAACAAUAAAUACUAGCUAAUCUUG